GCUCAGUCCAAGCUCAGUCGUUAACGAAGUCUCUGAACGGUUGACACGUUGCUACUUGUGCUUAUACCUAGAUAAACUCUGUUCCUAGACGGAAUAAAAAUGGCUAUCCAUGUUGAGAACGCUGAAGAUCUAGAGAGCAAGCUCGCAUCAGCUGGAGAUAAGUUAAUUGUAAUUGACUUCUAUGCUACAUGGUGUGGUCCUUGCAAGAUGAUUGCACCUAAAAUUGAGGAGUUGUCAAAGGAAAUGCCAGAUGUUGUGUUUUUGAAAGUAGAUGUAGACGAAUGUGAAGAUGUUGCAGAGAAAUAUAAAAUCACCAGUAUGCCUACCUUUAUAUUACUUAAAAAUGGCAAACAGGUGGAGAGUUUCUCUGGUGCUAACUAUGAAAAACUCAAAAGCACAAUUCUACAGCACAAGUGAAUAAUCGAUUUGAAUAUGAAUAUUUUUAAGCAGAAUUGUUUAUUAAUUGGCACUACUUGAUAGAGACUUUAAAAAUCAGACGACUGCUAAAGGCAAUGUUGUGUUUUACUUGUACGAAAAAUUGAAGAAAACAGAGAAUUUUUUGAUAAUACAUUGUCAGUUUUAUUAUACAUAUUUUGUUGCAAAAUAAAAUAUAAUCAGCUUAUAAACGUU